AAGAUUGAAAGCGGAGACUCUUGCUACCCCUUCCCUGUCAGGUCGGGUUUUGGACAGUUGCCAGGUUCACAAUCAGUCCAUGUGCUGUUGCUUUUCGGGAUUUAAAGCUCUUAUUUAGGGUCCAGCCAUGAAGGAGGGCAGCCAGCGACUGCUGGUACAGUUCAAAGAUGAGAGCGGGGAGACUCUGGGGGCACCUUUAGACGUUCCAGUUGACAUAACCCCAGACAAGUUGCAGCUUGUGUGCAAUGUUCUGUUGGCAAAGGAUGACCCCCCGCCGUUGGCCUUCUUUGUGCAUGAGACUGAGAUUGUCACCUCGCUGGAGAAGACACUGCAAGAGCAAAAGGUGGAAACGGAAAAUGUUAUUGACAUUAUUUACCAACCGCAGGCUGUGUUUCGGGUUCGGGCUGUGACGCGUUGUACCAGCUCUUUGGAAGGACACGCUGAAGCGGUCAUUUCAGUGGCCUUCAGUCCAACUGGGAGGUAUCUAGCAAGUGGAUCAGGGGACACUACGGUGCGGUUCUGGGAUCUGUCAACAGAAACCUCUCAGUUCACAUGUAAAGGUCACAAGCACUGGGUAUUGAGCAUUGCCUGGUCUCCUGAUGGAAAAACACUGGCUUCUGGGUGCAAGAAUAGUCAGAUAUUCCUGUGGGAUCCCAGGACCGGCAAGCAAAUUGGAAAAGUUCUGACAGGACACUCGAAAUGGAUUACAUAUCUUUGCUGGGAACCGCUGCACAUAAAUCCACAGUGUCGUUACCUGGCCAGUGCGUCCAAGGACUGCAGCGUCCGAAUCUGGGACACGAUGCUGGGACUGUGUGAUAAGAUCCUGACGGGACACACGCAGUCGGUGACCUGUGUGAAGUGGGGCGGUGACGGGCUCAUCUUUUCCUCCUCGCAGGACAGAACGAUAAAAGUGUGGAGGGCCCAAGACGGGGUUAUGUGCAGAACACUCCAGGGCCAUGCACACUGGGUAAACACAAUGGCACUCAGCACUGACUACGUACUGCGAACUGGGUCCUUCGAACCAGCAGAAGCCACAAUUGUACCACAGGACAGUGAUGAUUCCCUGGAAGAACUGAAGCAAAAGGCCCUGCAGAGAUAUGAACAAACCAGGGGUCAGGAGCAGGAGAGGCUGGUUUCGGGCUCGGACGACUUCACACUUUUCCUCUGGACUCCCGCAGAGUCUAAAAAGCCCGUGGCACGAUUGACGGGCCAUCAGGCUCUGAUCAAUGAAGUCUGUUUCUCCCCUGACACUCGGCUCAUUGCCAGUGCAUCGUUUGACAAAUCAGUGAAGUUAUGGGACAGCAGGACCGGCAAAUAUCUGGCAUCUCUCCGAGGUCACGUGUCAGCCGUGUAUCAGAUCGCGUGGUCAGCGGACAGUCGACUGUUGGCAAGCGGCAGUAGUGACAGCACAUUGAAGGUGUGGGACGUGAAAACACGCAAGUUGUCUGUGGACCUUCCUGGCCAUGCAGAUGAGGUUUUUGCUGUCGAUUGGAGUCCUGAUGGGCAAAGAGUCGCGAGUGGCGGAAAAGACAAAGUGCUGAGAAUCUGGAGGUGGUGAUUGUGUGGAAUAUUUUGAAGAAAUCAUGUUUGUUUUUCUCCCCUGGAAUGCACCUUUGCAAAACCAUCUCCAGUGAAACUUCCUUCGCCACUGAAAAUGUACGUUGUUCAGCCAAGGAUUGGAGGUCACUGAUCCACAAUGACUUUUUUAAUUGUAUUGGACUCUGUGGGUUUUAUCAGUUUUCCUGGGAGUCCCAAUUCCACAGUUUUAUAUGUUCCUUCGCUCUUUCUCCUCCCAGGACACCCUGGAUCAGUGGCCUUAUUUGUUAUGUGUGGUGUAUCUUAAUAGCCUUGCCAUGUGGGAGCCCCAUUAUCUCAUGUGGGAAUCAGCUGGGUACCUCUGUGAAGAUGUGAGGGAGCAAAUAGAAAAACAGAGCUCACAUAUUGAUGGUUUAUCAGUCUUUCAGCAUUUUAAUAAACAUCAUUGUAACAAAGAGAAGAUA